GCGAGAAGGUGGCGGGCUGGAUGAGCUACCUGCAGGGCAGCGUCCCCAUGGGCGUCAUGCUCGGCUACUUCGCCGGCACGGUCAGCAACUGGCUCGUGCCCGAGAGCUUCUCGCUCAUCCAGACGUGGCGCUGGCCCUUCCUGCUGCAGUUCCUGGCGCUGCUGCCCAUCAACGUCGCCAUCUUCUUCGUGCCCAAGAAGCACCUCCUUAUCCGCAGUGACGGCGACCGCGACGCCGUGGCCAGCGGCGGAACCGACAGCGCCAGCGCCAGCUCCUCCUCGGACGGCGGCGGCGUGGACCCGGAUAGUCAGUGCGUGGACGCGCCCGAGGAAGCAGCGACAGCCAAGGUGGAGGAGGAAGAGGACAAAGAGGAGCUGGAGCAGGACGAAACCGGCGACGCCGACACCGUGCCGCACUACGAGCACCACACCGAGCUGGAGCCGCUCAACAGCAGUCGCGGCGGCGGCUUCCUGAGCGCGCGCGGCCGCUCCGCCUUCGGGUUGCACAGCUUCUUGGACGACACGGUGGCCGGCACGCCCAUGAGCACCAGGUCCACGACGUACCACGACGAAGAAGACGCGCUCCUCGCCAGCGCGAGCAUGUACGGCGUCAGCAACCAGCGCAGCUUCCGUCAGCUGCACCAGAACCAGCAGCAGUAUCACUUCGGCCACUACGAGGAGGACGUGGGUUCGGCAUCGCUUCGGCGCAGCAUGAUCCGACCCCCGAGCCUGCGUGGAGGGAUGCAGGGAACUCUGUUGGACGCUGCUGCGAGUGAGCUGGAGAACGGAGACAGCACUGCCAGCGCUCCGCCGGCGAUCUCGACGUCGCCCAUCAACAGCAAAGCUGGAGUAGCCCCAACAGCGCAGCAGCGGACGUCGCCGCUGUCCAAGAACGGCGCCCACCUUUCGUCCACGUACGGCGCUUUGGACACAGCGAUCACUCCGAUGAGAUCCCCCAGAAUGUCGCCCCGCAUGAGUAUGCUGGAGGCCUCUAUUCUGGAGGAGGAGUUCAUGGAAGUCUACGAGCAGGGCGCGUUCUCGGAGGGAGUGUACGAGCUGCUGCACAUCCCUGUCUUCUGUUUGAUCGUGUUUGGGCUCACGACCGUGUACUUCGUCGUCACGGGCGUGCAGUACUGGAGCACCAUCUUCAUGAUAAAGUCGCUGUAUGCGUCCAAGUACCUGGUCAACGGUCUGUUCGUCGUCGUAUCUGGAACAGGACCGAUUCUAGGCGUGUUCUUCGGUGGCUGGAUCAUCGACAGAUAUGGAGGAUACAUCGGCGUGGAGCAGCGUGCCAAGGCUUUGGGAAUCUGCAUGAUCCUGGGACUGACAGCGUUUUCGAUCUCGGCGGUGACGACGUUCUUCGACGACGUUUACAUCACUGCGGGGUUCCUGUGGCUGCUGCUCUUCUUCGGCGGCGCCAUCCUGCCGGCUUGCACGGGCAUCUUCAUCUCGGUCGUGCCAGCUGAGCACCGCGCGCUCGCCUCGUCGUUCUCCGUGAUGGUGUUCAACCUCUUCGGGUAUGCGCUGUCGCCCUACCUCACGGGUCUCAUCAUGGAGUGGGUCAUCUCACAGCAGGGUCAGCCAAACAGCUACUUCCAGUACUGCGACGAGGCCUGCGCCUACCGGAUCGGCUUCCGCUUCUGUCUCUGCUGGUCCGUGUGGUCCGUCCUCUGCAUCGGUUCGGCGUGGCACAUCGCGUCUCGGCAGGCGGAGGAGGCUCGUCAAGUCCAGCAAUUUUACGCUGCUCAGCGUCCAGCGGUAGCAGAGUGCUAAGCAGCGAGGCCGUUUAGGAUAGGAGGCAAGCUUGGGCGGGGCACGGAGUGCGCGAGCUUGCAUGCACAUACUACAAUUUAACAGCCAGUAGCGAGAGUAGCGGCAAGAAUGACAAGCAGAAACUAUGUAAAAAGACGUUUUCAAAACAUUAUUUACUUACUCGGUUGCCGUCCUCACAUUACAUGCCCGUACCAAUGCGGUCGACAGUGAGCGAGUGGAACUUCUCCAACGCAUCACACCAGCCCUGGAUGGACGUUUGGAACUUCUCUUCAGGCUUGCGAUCCAGCAGCACCAGCGUGUGAUGAACCUGGUCAAUACGCGCUUCAAUCUUCUUGUCCAGCACCAGCGAAGACAGCAAGGAUUCGACCUCCUCCAGCGGGAUGCCGUUCAGCUCGCGCGCGAUAUACUGCGUGUCCAUGGUCCUGUAUGGCUUGACGAUCUUGAGCAGCACCUUGCUGCGGAUUGUCCGCAGCAGACUGUCGAUGUAGUGCUUGAUGAAGGGGUCGUCCAUGAUGGCCUCCUGGUUCCGGUUCAGCACCUGCUCGAAAGUCUUGAUCUCGUCGUGCAGGAACGCGUCCGUGAGCUUCGUCAU